GACUGAGUUACCCCUCCCAGAGGUCUUAGGGAACCCGUUUGGGAGGAGCUAAACUCUUGCCGCCCCAGUGGCCCUGGGCCACAGAGUCACCUCCGCCCGAGUGGGCGGGGAAAGGUCUAGGAUUCCACCUCCCACUUUCGUGGCGCCCGCUCGCUCGUCCGCCGGUCUCGGGUCUUCGGCUGUCUCCGGCGGCGGCGCUCGGCUGUAUCCGGCCCCUGACGCUCGCUCGUUCGCUCGGCUCGGCCCCCUCGGCUCUCCAGUCCCAGCCGUGGCUGCGGCGCUGGGGCAUUUCUCUGCGGUUCGGUUCGCAGACGCCGGCUCCCGCGCAGCCGGCUCCUGGCCCCGGGCACAUGCAGGCCAUCAAAUGUGUGGUGGUCGGCGACGGAGCCGUGGGGAAGACAUGCCUGCUAAUCAGUUACACCACCAAUGCCUUCCCUGGAGAGUACAUCCCUACUGUCUUCGACAAUUACUCAGCCAAUGUGAUGGUAGAUGGAAAGCCAGUGAACCUGGGACUGUGGGAUACAGCUGGGCAGGAGGACUAUGACCGGCUUCGACCUCUCUCUUAUCCCCAGACUGAUGUCUUCCUGAUCUGUUUCUCUUUGGUGAGCCCAGCCUCCUUUGAGAAUGUCCGUGCCAAGUGGUACCCUGAGGUACGACACCACUGCCCCAACACACCCAUCAUCCUGGUGGGUACCAAGUUGGACCUUCGAGAUGACAAGGACACCAUCGAACGACUUCGGGACAAGAAACUGGCACCUAUCACUUACCCCCAAGGCCUGGCUAUGGCCAGAGAGAUUGGCUCUGUCAAAUACCUGGAGUGCUCAGCAUUGACUCAGCGGGGACUCAAGACAGUAUUUGAUGAGGCUAUUCGGGCAGUGCUUUGUCCUCCCCCCAUCAAGAAACCUGGAAAGAAGUGUACUGUGUUCUAAACCCUGCCCAGAGUCUCCUCUUCCCCCCAGGAUGGCCUGAGUGGUGAGGAAGGCUAGGAGCCCAAGGGCUUGGGGCUUGGGGCUUGGGACAGUGUUCCAGCCCCUCAAGUAUGGUGUCAUUGUUGAAAUGUUCGAUUUCCCUUCAGUCUGAUUUGAUGUGGGUAGAGGGAGGGAGGCGGGUGGGAAGGGAAGCACAGCACAAGGAGCAGAGCAAGCACUCCUGCAGGGGCUGGAGGGAGGGCUGAAAAGGGAAAGAGGAAGCCCCUGCCCAGGCCUGGGACACUCCCACCCACUCAGCUCUGCACCCAGGGACCCAGGAGCCCAGGCCUCCAGCUAGCACAGGAGGGAGCAGGGUCUCUCUCAGAGAGGAGAAGCGGCAUGACCGGGCAGCCCCGGGACAGGUUUCCCAGGUUGGGGGGUGGGGGAAGGGAAUGGAGGGACGUUUGUGACCGUGGAUUCUAUUCAUCCUGUCCCAGGACAGGGCCAUCAUCCCUUAUUUUAUACAAUAAACAUUCUCCAUGAACAUAAA